ACGCUGAACCAAAAACAAGCGAGUCCAAAAGUCCAACCUUCUGACCCAUCUCUUCUCUCUCUCUAUUCAUCAAACCCCAUAUCUAAAUCUAAUAGAAAUGUUGAUCCAAUCUUACCAAAUACCAUUCUCUUGUUCUUUCUGAUAAAUGAAAUACCCAUCUAUGGAAGACCCAACAUCCAGAAAGUCAUCUUUGAACUUGGAUUCUCUGAUCACGACUCUCUCCAACUCAAUCCAAGCUUUAGGUCGAGGGUUUGAUGUUACAUCUGAUAUUAGGCUACUUUAUUGUAAAGGAACUCCUGGCUUUCGUUUGAUUCAACUUGAAGACCAAACCAAAGAUCUUCAAAUCUCAGAUGGAGUCGUUGUUCCAGAUGUGUCGAUUGAUAUUGAUUAUUAUACACCCGAGAGAACAACUGAAUCCUCUCCUAUCUGUACCUUCCACGAUAUGGCAACAUACUUCAACGAGAAAUCAGGAUUACCAGGACAUAUUCCACUUGGAAGCUUCAAUUCCAUGUUUAAUUUUACCGGUUCAUGGCAAAUCGAUGUUGCAGCUACAAAAUCUCUUGCAAUGAUUGGAUACAUCAUUCCUUUAUAUACAGUACACUUAGCAAAUUGUGAGUUAACAUUGCGCGAAGAAAUCAAACGAUCUGUUCCUUACACUUGGGAUCCUACGUCCUUGGCCAGCUUUAUUGAAAAUUAUGGUACCCAUAUUGUCACUUCUGCGACAGUUGGCGGAAGAGACGUGGUUUACAUAAGGCAGCAUCAAUCUUCUCCUUUGUCAGCAACAGAUAUUCAAAGUUAUGUGAAAGAUAUUGCAGAUCAAAGAUAUUCGGAAUUGAACAGUCAGUCUAGUGGUGCCCCUUUGAAAUAUAAGGACAAGACGAUUGUGCAGGAUGUUACAGUCAUCUUCAGACGAAGAGGAGGCGACGAUCUUGAACAGAGUCACACAAAAUGGGCAGAGACUGUUGAAACAGCACCGGAUGUUAUUAACAUGACGUUUACUCCAAUUGUUUCUCUACUUGAAGGGGUGCCCGGAAUCAAACAUCUUGCCCGAGCCAUAGACUUAUAUUUGGAAUACAAGCCGCCAAUUGAAGAUUUACAGUAUUUCUUGGAUUUCCAAAUCGCUCAUGUUUGGGCUCCAGAGCUGAGCACUCUCCAAAGAAAGGAGCCCACUUGCAAAUCUCUCCAAUUCAGUUUGAUGGGUCCGAAGCUUUACAUUAGUCCCGAACAGGUAACAGUUGGGCGAAAACCCAUCACCGGACUUAAGCUAAGCCUCGAAGGCAUAAAACAGAACCGUUUAACAAUUCAUUUACAGCAUCUAGUUUCACUUCCAAAGAUCCUUCAACCCCAUUGGGACUCUCACAUAGCUAUAGGAGCACCGAAAUGGCAUGGACCAGAGGAGCAGGACAGCCGUUGGUUCGAGCCAAUCAAAUGGAAGAACUUUUCCCACGUCAGCACGGCCCCUAUAGAGCACACAGACACAAGCAUUGGAGAUCUCUCGGGGGUCCACAUAGUAACCGGGGCCCAGCUAGGCGUUUGGGAUUUCGGGGCGAGAAGCGUUUUGCAUCUCAAGCUUCUAUUCUCUAAGGUUCCAGGGUGUACGAUAAGGCGGUCUGUAUGGGAUCACAGCCCAACAGGCAACGGAUCGAGCGGUGCUUCAAGUUCGAAUACAAACGAGAGAAGCUUGGAGGAAAAGUCGAAUAAAUUAGCAAAAAUCGUGGAUAAAAGCGAGAUGUCGAAGGGCCCACAAGAUGUUCCUGGGCACUGGUUGGUUACGGGAGCUAAACUUGGAGUGGACAAGGGAAGAAUCGUUUUAAGGGUGAAGUAUUCUUUACUGAAUUACUGAUGAAUUUGGAAUUGAUCUUGUUUGCACAGCCAUUGUUCUUUGUUUCUUCUUCUUUUUUCUUUUAUGUAUAUUAUAUAACAUUUGGUAUUGAUGGCUGCUCUUUUCUGCUCCAUUUGAUUGAAUGUGGAGAGAGAGCUGAUCAUAUAUGAAUCAUUCAUGGAUAAUAGAGAUAGGAUCAGAAAUAUUGUUUUGUUUUGGAGGACUGUGUAAUGAUUGUUGUUACUUUGAAUUUGAAUGGUUUAUAGGUUAGUAAUUGAAGAAUAGUUUUGACACAA